GCCCUGUAUGAUUCAUUUGUUUGUGUUUUAGUCGAUAUGCAUACAAUGCUACUCAGACAUAUGUUUGCCAAUAAAAGAAAGGGACAUGGUUAAAUGGAAAAGUAUAUUUAUUUUGCACCGAGGAGUGUUCGAUCGUUUCCCCUUUUAACGAGACACUGUGUCCCUUCAUCUUCUUCACUCAGCAUCACCAAAGGUCCGAAGGCUCCCUGGACUGAGCGGCAAUGGGUCGAAUGGAUGAUGCGGCCAAGCGUAAGGUGGUGGAACUUCGGAUGGCUGGCCUCAGUUUCCGCAAGAUUAAAGCUGUGUUGGAGCUGGAAGACAUCAAGGUGUCUGCUCAGACCAUCUACAUGUUUCUGAGGGAGCUGCAGGGAAGACCACCGGGAAGAGUUCGACCUGCAGAGUCUGGACACCCAGCACCGGCUGUGACCGUCCAUAACAGAGCUUCGGGGUCACAGGAGAGUGGCAGUCCAACACAAAACCAUGCUAGGGAUGCAUUACAACACACCGCACUGAGAACGAAAACACAGACAACUGAAGCAGGCGGCACCACACCGCAGCAACAGAUUGACAGCCGAGAGAGAAAGGACAGUGAGAUCAAAAUUGUUAGUGUCACCUCUCUGGCAAACAGCAUGAGGCGACGAGUCACUCCUUCUCCUGCUACCAGCUCCGUACUGGCAGCUGGAAAAAAACUUUUGGAUAGAGCCUUGUCACAGAGGAUGAAGGUGACGACCUUGUUGAGGAAAGACCAGUCAAACCAGGGUUCACAUCUUAGGAGUGCAGUACUGCAGCGGGCUAGAGGUUAUGAUGUGAAGAGCGGUCUGGACCCAGAAGGAACAAGUUUAUCCAGGAAGAUCACCUUCCCAAGAGCAGCCGCUCGUUGUCCCAACCUUCCCCAGGUUGGAGUUCGACUGCCAAGCCAGUCCACAGCCCCGUUACAGACGUCUGGGAAAUCCUUAAUUCAUCUGCAGAACUCUGGAGGGCAAGGUCGGGACGAAGGAAAUCCCAGUCCACAGCAGAUGGCCCAGUACUCCAGAGGCAGUCUGCAGGAUCAGAUUCAGAGCCUGGGUGUUGAGGUGAGGAGCCUGGGCCUGGCUGUCACGAUGCUCCGGGAGCAGCAGAGUCGCAUGGAGAAGGAGCAAGCAGAGCAGACCAACAUCCAGAAACAGAUCCUGAAAACGCUGCAGCUCCUGGCUUCCAGAGCAGAACCCUGCACCAACCAACAGCAGAAAAGACACACACCUCCAACAUCGUUCAGCCAGGACACCUUCAGCUUCAAUCCGAACUCGUACCCGUCAUGCAGCCAACCCAGCUACGACUCUAUAGAUAAUCUGGAAUCCGUGGAGCCAUUCAGACUUAGCCCGCCCAGUCUGAACGGGUUCCUACCGUGUAGCAGCAGCGACAGUCUUCCUCUCACUCACACGGCGACGUUCUCUGGUUCAUAUCCACAGCAGAGCGCUCAGUCUCUCCUGCCGCCGUACACACAGGCUUUCUCUCCUUUCGCUCAGUCACAGGUCGGAACACACAGGGCGGAUUUCCAGAACAACCCUCUUUCUGAGGGUGUGUCCACACAGACGGCAGCGACCUCAGAACCCCUCGGUCAGGACAGGCAGCUCAGCACUAUUAAAGUGGAGGGGCCUUAAAGCUCAGAUGAUGUUGUUUGUUCUAAAAGGGCUUGUUUUAGAGUUCACUGUACUGUUACCUUUCUUUUGACCAAUGCCUUUAAAAUUCAGUUUAUUUAUUGACAGCAUGCUUGCCAGACUCAAAACACAGAGUGGAAUAAAAAAUAAUGUCUGAUCUGAAUUUGUAUUUCAGUGAUGUCCUUUAUCCUCUGACCCC